AUGGAUCAAAUGUACAAUCAUAGAAUUGACACCUUCCAAACAAAGUACAAAGUUCUUGAAAAAAUCGGCGAAGGCUCAUUUUCUGAGGUACUCAAGUGUAUGCACAAAUCCACUGGAUUUUUGUAUGCAGCCAAAAGGCUGAAGAAAGUUUACAAACAUGAAUCUUCAAUAUCAACAUGUGCAGAAAUAGUGGCAUCACAAAAAGACUCGUUUACAGGACAAGUUACGUUUAUUUUUGAAUUAAUGGACAUGAGCCUUUAUGAUCAUUUCAAGGUAACGCAUAAACCUGAUGGAAAAAUAAGGGGUUUGUCAGAGCAAAAAUCAAAAGAAUAUCUCUAUCAAGUUUUACGCGGAUUGGAGCACUUGCACAGGAGUGGUUUGUUUCAUAGAGACGUGAAGCCUGAAAAUAUUUUAAUAAAAUUUCCUUCUAUCGAUACUAUGAGGUUGAAAAACAUGAAAACGCAUGAAAUAAUUAAAUUAGCAGAUUUAGGUUCUGUAAGGGGUAUUUACAGUGAGCCUCCCUACACGGAAUAUAUUUCAACAAGAUGGUACCGAUCACCAGAAUGUCUUUUGUCUAAUGGAAAUUAUGGUCCUAAAAUGGAUGUGUGGGCUGCUGGCUGUGUCUUCUACGAAAUGCUAACGUACUCAAUUUUAAUUUAUGAAUGCAAUUUUACUAAGAAGUAUUUUAGGCUUUUACCAAUGUUUCCAGGAGAUAACGAAAUCGAUCAGCUGGAUAAAAUCCAUCAGGUUUUUGGAACACCUUCCACGCAUUUCUUAAACAAAUUGAAAUCUAGAUCCAAAAAUUGUGUAGUAUUUCCAAAAAAACGUGGAACAGGUAUUGGUACAUUAUUAUUACCACAUAUGACUACUAGACAAGCUAAAGCCGUUUUAGAACUUAUGCUUGAAUAUGAUCCUGAUAAAAGAGUAAACAUAAGAAGAUUAUUGAAGAAUUCUUAUUUCGAUGAUAUACGGUAUAAAUUUGAACCAAUCACCAUGGAAGGACAUCAACCCAAGCCGCAAGUAUAUAACAAAAAAAAUCUGAUAUUAAAUCAAAAAGUAAAUAGAAUUGAGUAUUCUGAGGAAUCCAGGAAACGUAGCCAUAGUAAGGGCAGCACUCCGUCUAUUGAAAUUCCAUAUUACACCACUAACAGGACUAAUAGUGGCAAACCUUCUUCGAAACCCACCGCUUUGCCAUUGGUUGACUAUCAACUUUCACGUUACAUGGAAAAUAAUCGAGUGUCUUCAUCUGAAUCAACUAAAAGUUGCGGACUUGGCAAGAUGAGUAGCAUUAGAAAAAGCGUGGAGAUUAUUCUAAAAGCUUCUAGAAAUUCUGAAUCAAGCAAACAGCCAAGCUCAAAAGAAAAAGUCGAUUCUAGAAAGCUUCACUCGAAAUCGCUUGUGAAUACUACUAAGAAAAAGGGUUAUUAUGAAGUUCACCAGCCUUUUAUUAAAGCAAAAAUGCCAAAGUAUGGUGAUAAAAUAUAA